CCAGUUAGAAGACGGAGAGCAAAGUCAUUCUAAAGGACUAGUAGACAACAUUUUUGUUGACCAUAAAAACAGCAAUGGUGACCAGGAAGGAGUGGACAAUGUUGCUUUUGAGUCAAACGAAAGAUUCCAAACAGAAGAGAGUAGAACUGUCGACUCUCGGAAAGUUUCCACCGUUUCCAAGGUUAUUGUCACGAGUCGCAGAGAAGUAUCACCAGAGAUUAGUCAGGGUGAUAUUGCGGAUGAGAUCAACAUCAAAUCUGAACCCGGUUCCAAGGUUAUUGUCACGGGUCGCAGAGAAAUAUCACCAGAGAUUAAUCGGGGUGGUACUGCGGAUGAGAUUAACAGCAAAUCUGAACCCGGUUCAUCCAAAGUCGAAAAAGGUUUUGUGAACAGAGAAAUAAUCACACCGACCAAGACAACACCUGUUGCUUUACACAGACACACCGUGAACAAAGGGCAUAGCUAUGUCUCCACCGACCCAACCACACAACUGGAACCGCCUCUGUCAAGCAAUACUCAUCCGUCAGAGUCUCCAAUCUGCGUCAAGAUGGAGAAUGGCGGUUCCGUUAACUUACUGCCGACGAACAAGACUGUUGGUGACAAGGACCUUGAAUCUCCUACAGAGUACCGACCACGGGUUUACAAGAGACGUUGGGUGAUGUUGGCCAUUUUCUGCGCUUACUCUUUCAGCAAUGCUUACCAAUGGAUUCACCUGAAUAUCAUCGCGGACAUCAUGCUACGAUACUAUAACCAAAGUCUCCCAUCCACACAGUAUGAAGCGGAAGUGGCGGUGGAUUGGCUAUCGAUGAUAUACAUGUUGGCCUAUAUCCCUUUGAUUUUACCAGCUACCUGGCUGUUGGACAAAAAAGGAUUACGGGUAUCGUCAAUCAUUGCUACACUGCUUAACUGCUUAGGUGCAUGGCUCAAAUGUCUGAGCGUCACACCAGAUCGGUUUCCGGUGUUGAUGCUCGCACAAACGAUAUGCGCAAUCGCUCAGCUGUUUGUACUGGGAAUUCCUCCACGAUUGGCUGCGGUCUGGUUCGGGCUGGACGAAGUUUCAACAGCGACUUCCAUCGGUGUCUUUGGAAACCAGGUGGGCGUGGCUGUAGGGUUUCUUAUCCCCCCAGAGAUUGUCCCCAACAGUGAAGACUUGGGGAAGGUGGGGCGAGACCUGAGGAUUAUGAUGUACAGUACUGCCGGGGUCACCACAGCACUCUUCAUACUUGUCCUCUUAUUUUUUAAGGAGCAGCCACCACGCCCUCCUAGUCGUGCACAGCAGUUAGCGGUACAAUCUCUGGCCAACACCAAUUAUAUUCAGUCACUGAAGAAUUUACUUCGACACAGAGGUUUCAUUAUAUUGGUGUUUGCUUACGGAUUUAAUACCGGCUCCUUUUAUGCUGUAUCAACAUUAUUGAAUACCUUAGUCCUGAAUUAUUUUCCCGCGCAAGGACAAGACGCGGGUCGUAUUGGACUUACUAUUGUCGUGGCGGGAGUUUUAGGCGCCAUCGUCGCCGGUAUAUGGUUAGACAAAACUAGAACUUACAAAGCGACAACGUUGUCGAUCUACAUAAUGUCCUGUGCCGGAAUGGCUGCUUUCACCUUUACAAUGGAUCUGGACAGGAUAUGGGUGGUUUACAUCACUGCUGGAACGCUAGGCUUUUUCAUGACGGGUUAUCUCCCGGUGGGUUUUGAAUUCGCCGCGGAGAUAACCUACCCAGAACCAGAGGGAACGUCAUCCGGGUUACUCAACGCAUCCGCACAGUUUUGGGGUAUCGUCCUGACACUUGGGAUGAGAGCGAUGAUAACAAAAGUGGACGUACUCUACGCUAACAUCGCCAUGACAGCCGCUCUCUUCAUCGGUGUCAUUCUCACAGCGUUAAUACGGUCCAAGUAUCGUCGACAGGAGGCGGAGAAAGAAGCCCAGAAAGUGGACAUUGAGAUUAUUGACGAAGAGGACAGUUGAGAGGAAUCUCGCAAUUUUCUUGAAACUCACGAGAUCUGCAGGCAAAGAUAGCAUGUAUCGCGAGACAUAGGGAUGCGUCGUUGAAGGGUGACAGAAUUUCAAAUUGGUGUUCGUACUAGUGUACGAAAAUAUAGAAUGAUUGUUAAAUAAAUCACCGGGAAUUAAAGAAUAUUUUUAUUGUAGAUUUUAUUUUCACAAUGGAAUUAAAUUACUAACGCAAAAAACUCCGUGAAAAUUUGUAGCAUAAAUUGGUACAGUUAUUUAACGGAGUUAAUUACAUUCUGGUAAGCAAAAGGGACGGGUGUGUGUAUAUAGGUGUAUGUGUGAAUUAUCGUCAUUGUUUGGUAUGCAAUUGAACUGUGAUAAAUUCAAGUAUGUGCUGGUAUAAACAUAUAAUAGAGUAGAGGCAUACUUCAAAGUAGGCCUAUAUACUUGAAUGUAUAUUAAGUCUGUAUACGGUAUAUAAUGUUGUAUGUUAGUAUAUGUAUACGUGUCUGUAUUUACGCUUUGUUGUACAUGUACAUUUCAUAUGACACGUAGGCCUAAUGAUGAAAAAAAAAUAGCUAUACACCAAAGUAUC